UGCCGUUUGUCUCCCUCUAGUGGCUAAAGGUGGAAGCGCAGCCUGAAUCCACUGUCGCUCAGCUGAAUCCAAUGAGGCGCUAAUGAUGAACCCAGCCUGGUUUCCUUCAUAGAAACAGCUGAAGUGUUCGACAGUUUGGUGAUUUGAGACAAAAAGAGGUGAAUUCUGAUCUAAAAGAAAUCUACUUGUAUUUCUUUGACAGUGUAGUUCAGUAAAGAGAACAAUGUCAGAGAAGUUCUCCAGGAUUCUGAGAGAGAGGCAAGCAGGAAACGACAUCCCAUCAGGCCGCCAGCUUCCUCGCACUCCUCCAAUGAGGGACGUGAAGAGGAUUCUAGACUUUGCUGAUCCUGAAGUGGAUUUUGAGACGCCACAACAGAAUGAAGAGAGUAACACCAGAUCUGCACAUGCUCAGAACGGAUCAGGACCGGGGCUUGAUCCUGAUUCACAAACGGCAAACUCCCACUCCAUGCUGAAGGGGAUGAAGGGGUACCAGCUGACCCAGAGCGACCUGGACUUCCUGAGGAGGAUGGAGGAGGAGAAGCUCAUCAGAAAGCUGCAGGGGGACCUGAAGGAGCUUCAGAAGAUGUUGAGGGAUGAAAGGAAGGAGCUGGAGCAGGCGCACGUCUCCGUGGAGACGGAGCAGGCUGAGAUCAACAAGUUUCCAUCCCGUGACCAGCUCUCCGAGUGGAUCCGGCUGGUUCUCCAGAUGACCUCGCCGACCUCGGAGUUUGCAGACACGGACGUCAAGUCUCUCCUCGCCAUGGUAACGGUGAAAGACGUUCACAAAGUGGUCACCCUAAAGAAGAGAGGACUCGCUCAGAUGAGAAAAAGCCUUUCCAAAAAGAGGAAGAAAGAGGCUGAAGAACGAGGCAAGUUGGAGAAGGAAAUCGCCAGUCAGGAGUUUGUGUUUUCACAGAUGAAAAUUCAGGGAUUGAUGAGAGAAUUAUCGGAGCUGAAAUCUGAGCUUUCACAGCGAGAGGCUUCAUUUGAACCACCAGAUCAGCCUAAUGUUCCCAUAAUGCCUCAGGAGAAUCCAAAAACAAAGCCGAAACGCCGAGCACGACCAAAACAGGAGGGAAGCCAUGGCGCCGAGGAGUCAGAGGUCAAAGGUAACGGCGCCAAGCGGCCGCCGAACCGCAAGAACCGAAACGAGGCGUCGGACAAACCCCCAAGUGUUCCGGAAAAGACCAAAAAGAAAACUAAAAACGCUGAGGAGCAAAACGGCGAUUCCAACGAGGCGGGGAGAGGAAAGCCGGGCGAGGCCGCCACUUCCAGAGCAAGGAAUCGUGGGAAAAACAAAGCGGGAAAAGCUGCAGGCGAAGAGGGUCAGAACGUGGUUCUGAGGCGAUCCAAGAGGAUCAUCAACCAGAGGUGAAGGAUCUAAAACCUUUGAACUUGAUUCAUAUCAAAUUUAGGAUUUAUUUCAAAAAAUUAUGUCGAGCUCCAACAACAAAUCGUUGGUUUUAACUUCAAUUUUUCACAUUUAUUCAACAUUUUUCUGGAUUUAGAGUAAUAUUUUACUGAAAAU